GUCAGUCGUUAUCGGGGCUGUUGGCUCAGUUGAACAGCAAUCUUCGGAGCGUACGGUAGUCGGUCACGGAAACAACAGUUACAGUUGUGUCGUAGUCGUCGCCGUUUCUUUUUCCCUUAAAUUUUUAACAAACUUCUCACAAACACACCGACAGAACCGGAGACAGAGACACCACACCAGAAUAGAGCAGAACAGGAAAAACACCAGAACAGUCGACUAUCGUUCAUAUUUCCGAGUCAGAGGCCAGAGGCAGUGCAUUGUUGUUGCUGUUCUUGUAAAUCGUUGUGUCCGUGAGUGUGUGUGUUUGUGUCUGUAUUUUUCUUGGCUCGUUCUCUUCUCUGUCUUGAACACACGCACACAUUGACAAUUGACUGCAAAAUGGCCGAAAAUUGCCCAAAAUGCAAAAAAUCAAUUGCCGCUAAGGAUGCAAUCAUAAUUUGCAAUUCGGAUGACUGCCUGAAAAAGUUCCACCGUACGUGCGUGAACAUCGACGAUGCCAUCUACGAUGUGAUACAGAAGAACCCAAUGAUUUCAUUCAACUGUGAUGAGUGUAAAAAUCAAUCGCCCAAGAUACUGGCCACCAAGCUGCACACCAUCGAGGAGAAGGUGAACAAGGUGUGCAAUGGCGUCAAUCAGAUACAGGGACGGAUGUAUCAGCAGUACUUCCAGUUCGGCAACAAUGCUCCCAACAAUCUGGACUGCAAAAAGCUUUCGCAGCAGAACAAUCUGAUUGUAGUCGGCAACAAUUGCAAUUCGGAUCGAUUGCAGGUCGUCUGCGACUACGGACGUUGGGUUCAGGUGGGCAAGUUCGCGACCAAUACCAGCGAGGACGAUAUCAUUGAGCACCUCGCCGAAGAGCUGAAGAUCAACAAGAAUCUGGUGAAGUGCACCAAGCUGGUCAAGAACGAUGCCAAUCUCUCGCAGUUGUCUUACUGCAAAUUCAAGAUUUCCAUACCGGACUAUCGUUUUAACGAGCUCUUCAACGAGGCGAUUUGGCCCAGCGGUGUUAUGGUUAGUCCGUUUACACCGCGCUCUCAGCUGAAUCAGAAUCGCAUAUAGAGCGCCCUUAAGGUGCCCACCAACUGAGGGGGUGCCAGAGAGUGCAAUGGCGAGAGAGUAUGAGAGUAUGAGAGCUAGAGAGCCGGUGAGUUGGAGAGCUUGCGCCUGCGCACCGCCUUCACGAUGGUGGGUGUUUUUACGAUAAUAUGCAGUGAGGGUUGUUGGCACUGUCGCCGGCAUGCAAACUCUUCUUAGCGACAACAACAAUAAUAAUAACAACAACAAGAGCAUAUUUAUGCAUAUAUGUAUAUUCUUUCGUUCUUUUUGCCGUCUCGUACAACUAAGAGAGUGGGAGACGGGGCCAUUGUAUGAAAUUUUUGACACUCGAAAACUUUGUCUAAAAAACUUUCAAAGCUUACAAGUUGGGAAAAAAAACACAAACCAGACAAACCAAACCAAAAACACACACUAAAUACUUAAUACAUUAACUUUGAGAAUGCAUUUUAAAAUGUUUUAGCGUUGCGUAACAGAUAUUUACAAAUAAAAUCUAAUCAUAUUUUAAUGGAAAAACACAAGUAAAAUGUAUGUAAUUCGACAGAGGUCAAGAAAACUAUUAGUCACUUAUGCAUUACUGUCAUAAUUAAAUUUACCAAAACAAAUGCAAAAUAAAAAAUCACCGAAACUUAUUAAAGACCGUAUUUAAAAGAUAACUAAAUAAUUAACUUUCUACCACACACCACAGAAUUGAUUUUCAUUUGAAUUCUCUUAAAUAAUUUCAAUCAAAACUAUUGUAUCACAUACCUGUUAUGUUGUACGUGAUUUCAACAUUCUGGAGACAAAUACGCAAAGUCAAGUCUUAUUAAAAAAUAAUCCAAUAUGAACAACUUAAUUAUAGCAACAAUUAACAAAAUAUAUUUAAUGCAAAAAGCAGUCUACAAUUAUUGUAUUCGUCAUAUGCGUAGUUUGAGGCAUUUUCAAAGCUUGUUCCAAAAAUUUUUUAGAAAUUUUGCGAACCACUGAAUGAACAAUGGAAAAUUGUAAAACUUAUUCAAACAAAAAUAUAUGUAUUUGUGUAUUCCAAAGUAUAGGAAAUAAAUGGAAAACAAUGUUCAACAACCAAUCAACCACAAGAAAUGUCCGAAAUAAAAGACAAAAACAAUUCGUAACUGUUCAUGCGAUAAAUGGGUGCAAUUGGCCAUACGAGCUACGAGCGAGGGAGCCAAAUAUAUAAUGGAUGGUCGUUGCAAUAAACUCAAGAAUGGCAAAUGAAUAUAUAUAUUUCGUAAAUGAUUUUUUUAAAAUACAAAACAACCACAAUACGAGAGCAAUAUGUACUUGUAUUUGCAACGGACCUCCACACGUUUUCCUCCCCACGAUUGAAAGUCGCUGCGGCUGGAGGCGUGCGGGGGACGGUCACAAAGGGGCAGGUGAAUAUGAGCGAGCCGUAGAUAUUUAUGCAAGAAACGAAAACCAACAUACAUAUAUUAUAUAUAUUUAGUAUACACCAACAAUAUGCAUGCAUGUAUUUAUGUCAACUUUUUCAAUAAAUUCUACAAAAGCGAA